AUGUCACAACGAGCACGUCGUCAAACAGCGACCCAACAAGGACCAGCGGAUAACUUGGAUCAUCUGGGAAGUCGCGUGAUUAAAUAUUUGCUUGAGAAAAGCCACACAAAGUACCCGGUAAAAGCCAGUGACAUUAAAAAAUAUGUUUUGGGCAAGCAUGCUGAGCACUUUCGUCAAGUUAUGGUCAUUGUUAAAGACAGGCUGAGAAAAAUCUUUGGCUACAAUUUAGUAAACACAACAGGAGCUCAGUAUUUUAUCACCAACAUGAUUGUCAACGAAUACAUGAAGGCUCUUCCAAGGUCAGAUGAUGAAGCUAAAGAACAAAUUCUGCUUUUUCUGGUUCUUUCUUUUAUUUUCAUGUGUGCUGAAAAUAAUCAAAAUGCUAUUAUUGUUGAAGACGAGUUAUGGGAAUUUUUAAUAAACUUGAAUAUCAUCACUGAGGACGAAAGUCAGCAUCCAUACUUUGGAAAUGUCAAAUCUUUGAUCAGCGAUAAAUUUGUGAAACAAUUGUAUCUCAUUAAGAGUAAACAAAAAGAAACCGAUUCUGUUUUAUUUGAAUGGGGACCACGUGCUAAUUACGAACUAGAUCGUAAAGCUGUUUUAAAGUUUGUUUCCAAGAUUUACAAUUGUCCUAUGGAAAAUUUUGUCAAACAACACAAAGCAAUGAAAGUCUUCGAGCGAUCAGCUUUGAGAGAAUAA